CUCUGCGCAGGAAAGAGAGCCCUCAGUGCCCAGAACAGUUAACGUAAGAGCAGGAUAGACAUACUCACACACAUACUGCGCUAUCUCCCUAACCGAAAACAUUUGACAGAGAAAGUAGAAGUGAAUUCAAAACAACAACAACACAUUAUCCAAAAGGGCAGCACCCUAGUUGGAUUCAACCAGUGAAAAACCCAACAUAUAUUAAUGAUUAUUAUCAUCUGUUUUAGGGAAUGAGUAAAAGGGUCUGAUCUGAUCUGAAUAAUAUUUUCUGAUAGAAAAUAAAAAAGUGGAUUUUACUCAUCUUGGACAAAAGGAAGAAAAAUACAAGAAGACUUUUGAAGAACCAGAAGAAAGAGUGAAAGAAACAGAAGAGAAUAUAUCCUCAUCCUCAGCAGCAGUAGCAGUCUGACCCUGCUCUCUGAGGUGGACUGGUGACUCCACUCUGCCCAGCUUCGCUGCACUCAUUUUCAGCCUCCAGCACAGCCUCAGGCCCCUACAGGUCCACUUCUCUGGAGAAUGGCUGCAACCAAGACAGAGAUGCUCCUUCCAGCCCUGCAGAUCUCAGACCCCCUCAGCUUCCCCCACUCUCCCAUGGAUAACUACCCCAAGCUGGAGGAGAUGAUGAUGCUGAGCACCGCUGGGACCCCCUUCCUCUCUGCAUCAGCGCCCGAGGGAGCAGGCUUCGGAUCGGGGGAGCAAGGAGAGCAAUAUGACCACCUUGCUGGAGAUACGUUACCUGAUAUCUCCAUGAACUGUGAGAAGUCGAUGGGCGAGCAGAGCUACUCUACACAGCGGCUGCCUCCCAUCUCCUACACUGGCCGCUUCACCCUGGAGCCAGCCACCAACUGCAGCAACAGCCUGUGGGCCGAGCCCCUUUUCAGCCUGGUCAGCGGGCUGGUGGGGAUCAACACCCCCUCCACCUCCGCCCCGCCCUCUUCCGUCUCUCAGACUGGCACCUCUUCCUCGUCCCCGUCCUCUAUCUCCUCCGUCACCAUUUCCUCUCAGAGCUCCAAUCUGAGCUGCUCUGUCCACCACAGUGAGAAUAUCCCCAUCUACUCAGCUGCUCCUACGUACUCCAGCACCAGCUCUGACAUCUUCUCUGACCAGGGCCAGGGCUUCUCUAUCCCCGCGGGGGGGUUGCUCCAGUACCCCCCGCCAACCUACUCCAACGGCAAGUCGUGUGGCUCCAGCUUUCCUGUUCCCAUGAUCCCUGACUACCUAUUCCCCCAGCAGCAGGGGGAGAUAAGCCUGCUACAGGAUCAGAAGCCCUUCCAGAACGGGUCUGGCCAGCCCUCCCUCACUCCCCUCUCCACCAUCAAAGCCUUUGCCACCCAGACAGGCUCCCAGGACUUGAAGAGUGUCUACCAGUCCCAGCUGAUCAAGCCGAGCCGCAUGCGCAAGUACCCCAACCGGCCUAGCAAGACACCGCCCCACGAGAGGCCUUAUGCCUGCCCUGUGGAAACGUGCGACCGCCGCUUCUCCCGCUCCGAUGAGCUGACGCGCCACAUCCGCAUCCACACGGGCCAGAAGCCCUUCCAGUGCCGGAUCUGCAUGCGCAACUUCAGCCGCAGCGACCACCUGACCACGCACAUUCGCACGCACACUGGCGAGAAGCCCUUCGCCUGCGAGAUCUGUGGACGCAAGUUCGCCCGCAGCGAUGAGAGGAAGAGGCACACCAAGAUCCACCUGAGGCAAAAGGAUAAGAAGGCGGAGAAGGGCGGGGUGGCCGGGGCGGUGGCAGAAGCACCAGUAUCAGCCCCCUCCUCAGUCUCCUCCUACCCCUCUCCAGUCACAUCCUGCUACUCCUCUCCGGUCCAUACCUCGUACCCCUCUCCCUCAAUCGCCACCUCGUACCCCUCUCCCUCCAUCGCCACCACCUACCCCUCUGUCUCCAUGUCCAUGUCCAGUACUUUUCAGUCCUCCAUGGUCUCCUCCUUCCCCUCCUCCGUAGCCUCCAUCUACUCCUCUCCGGUCCCCACCCCGCUAUCAGACAUGCAUUCCACACUCUCCCCAAGGACAAUCGAGAUCUGCUAAGCGAGAGAAAAUAUAAUUUUUAUUCUUUCCUCCUCCCCACCACCCCAUACAGUCUCUUUGAGGGGAGAAAUCAGCAUCAAAAGACAUAUUCCCUUUCUGAAAAGCACUUUUCGGCCUGCUCCCUCUGCAAGCUCUGUUCAGUGAAUCCUCAGAUUCACCUGAAGAAGAGAUUAAAACACAGGUCAAGGACCGGGCAAAGACAAUAUAGAACACGAGAAAGGAUUUUCUCCUCUCAGUUGGUAAAGCACAUGCAGGGCUUAAAACGAGGCAUACGAGACUUUCUCGAGCCAUAGUUGAAACAGGUAAAGACAGGUUGGUCGUUCUUAUGAAUGAAAACAUAGAGACAGACAGACAAACUGAACAUUGCCAGUCGUCCUGGUACUAAGGCACUAAGAGACAGACAGAUGGACUGAACAUUCAGUCGUCCUGUAACUAAGGCACUAAGAGACAGACAGACUGAACAUUCAGUCGUCCUGUAACUAAGGCACUAAGAGACAGACAGACUGAACAUUCAGUCGUCCUGUAACUAAGGCACUAAGAGACGUUAUAUGUAUAUUGUACUUGUGCCAUGUUUUGUUAUUUUUUUCUAUUAUUUGGUACCACUGAUGUGAAUUUUUUUUGCAUAAUUGCAUUGUAUUAUUUUAAGUGAGCAGGGCCAUAUUUUCUUUUCUAAUACUUUCUCUGUUGUGAUGACAAUGAUGUGAUACGUUUUUGACUUUGUUUGAUGACGAAAUAAGCACUUAAGUAUUCCAGCAUGUGUUAAGAGUGAUGUUAGUUUCUAUUGUUUUGUAAAUAUCAUCCACUGGUACUAUCUUUCUCUUGCUCACAUCAUGUGACAUAUCAGUCUGUUAUGUGGACAAAAAAACUUCACGUAAAAAAAUCUAAAAACAAAACCACCGUUCCUGUUUUUGGUGCCUUUUUGUGAAGCCUUGCUGAUAUUGUGACACGUCUGCGUGCGAGAGAAGAUGCGUUGUGUCUCGCCUUAAGGGUUGAAGGGAUAUUUUUGUUACAGAAUGUAAGUCGUGCUCAGACUCUGAAGAAGUACAGAAAGGGGCGUGAUGAUAUGAGGACACUGCUUCAUUUCUUUAGAAUGGAAGCAAAAGAGAAAAAUUAUAAACUAUAUUUUUAUAACUCUAAAUGUAAAUAUCCACGACUUCAAGUUGGAAUGUUGUAGUUACCUACUGUGUAGGCAUGGGAUUCUUUUGUAUGUUAUAUACAUGCGGUUCAUUAUUUUAUGGUUUAUCCUUAUUUUGUAUUUGUGUUUGUUAAACCAAGUGACUGUUUCUGGCUUCUCAACACAUUGAAUGCGCUUAACUGCCAAUGGGAUAUUUGGUGUACAAGAUAUCCUCCCAGAAAUGAAAUAUAAAUAAAAUAUAAAUAUAUGUAUAGAAUUUCA